AUGAUUAACAUGUUGGACCGGAUAUUCAACUGGAUGUGGAAACACGAGUACGCGCCGAAGAGAUGGAGAGAAGGGGUAGUCGUGAACCUGUCCAAGAAGGGGGAAAAAACUGACCCGGGGAAUUAUAGAGGGAUAACCUUGCUGAGCACAGUGGGGAAACUCUUUGGCAAGAUGAUAAACAAUAGAAUGGGAGACAUGUUGGAGGGGAAACAAAAGAUCAGCGAAGGACAAGCUGGAUUUAGACCAGAUCGUAGUUGUGUAGACCAUGUAUAUACGUUGAGUAAAAUUAUCCAAGGUAGGAAAGACGCCGGGCGUACGACAUACUGUUUCUUCCUAGAUGUACAAUACGCCUGCGACACCGUUUGGCGCAAUGGAUUGUGGGAAAAAAUGUGGGACAUAGGGAUCCGGGGGAAAAUGUGGAGGAUGUUGAAAAAGAUGACAGAAUGCACAAGAAGUGCAGUGAUGUUGGAUGGAGAAAUCUCGAAGUACGUGGAUAUACUCCAAGGAGUCGCACAGGGCUGUACGAUGUCACCCACUCUUUUAAAGGUUUACAUCAACGACUUGAUAAGGGCGGUUGAAGCAGUAAGACAGGGAGUCCAAGUAGGGGGAAAGAGUGUGUCCGGACUGAUGUUUGCAGAUGAUUUGGUGGGGGUAUCCGAAACACCAGAAGGGUUGCAGGAACAAAUAGAUGCGGCAGUAGGAUACACCCGAAAAUGGAGACUGUCGGCGAACGUAGGAAAAUGCGCAGUAGUGGUCUGUAACGACGACAAGAAAAAUCCCGUAGAAUUCAAAUGGAAAUGGGAGGAGGAAGAACUNGGUGAACAAAUAGAUGCGGCAGUAGGAUACACCCGAAAAUGGAGACUGUCGGCGAACGUAGGAAAAUGCGCAGUAGUGGUCUGUAACGAAGACAAGAAAAAUCCCGUAGAAUUCAAAUGGAAAUGGGGGGAGGAAGAACUACCGGUAGUAGACAGGUAUACGUACCUGGGAGUAGAGAUUUCGAAGGAGUGCUCAUGGGACGCACACAUAGCAAAGUUGAUUGGGAAGGGUAAAGCUCAGAUAGGCAAGAUGGACGAGAUCCUUACGGACCCACACCUAGACACUAGGAUUAAGAGGUGUGUUCUCUUGAAUGUGAUUGUACCUAAGCUAGAGUAUGCAGGAGAAGUAUGGGAAGGUAAUGAAAAGGCCGUCAAGCAGCUGGAAACGGUGCAGAUGGCAGCGGCCAAGAAAAUACUAGGAUGUUCAAGUACAACGAGCAACACUGUAUUGAGAGCAGAACUGGGAAUGUACUCUCUUAAAACAAAGAGAGACAUGCAAAAGUUGAAUUGGCAGUACAAGCUUGGGGAAAAGCGACUCCAGGGAAGAAAGGAAUCAGAUGGGACAAGGUGGUNGAGCAACACUGUAUUGAGAGCAGACCUGGGAAUGUACUCUCUUAAUACAGAGAGAGACAUGCAAAAGUUGAAUUGGCAGUACAAGGUAAGUAGAAGGUCGGACGAUAGACUACCAGCCAUGGUUGACAAGGAAGCUUGGGGAAAAGCGACUCCAGGGAAGAAAGGAAUCAGAUGGGACAAGGUGGUCGAGAGGGUUUGGAAGGAGGUAGGAGACGAGGAGGAGACAUUGGACACGGAAGGGUUUGGGGGGUUCAAGAAGAAAGUCAAGGAGAUGCUAGAAAGUAGGGAGGAGGCAACCCUUCGGAAGAAGGGAUGA